AUGGAACACCUCAAAACAUUCCUUCUAAAACGCUUCCGCAUCAAAGAUCUCGGAGAUUUGAAAUAUUUUUUGGGCAUUGAAUUCUCCCGCUCCAAGAAAGGUAUUUUUAUGUCUCAGAGAAAAUAUGCACUAGAUAUUUUGCAAGAUUCAGGACUUCUGGGGGCAUGCCUAGACAACUUUCCAAUGGAACAGAAUUUGAAACUAACUCCCACAGAUGGAGCACUGUUGCAUGAUCCAACUAAGUACAGAAGACUGGUUGGUAGACUGAUUUAUCUCACUGUCACAAGGCCUGACAUAGCCUAUUCCGUUCGAACAUUGAGUGAAUUUAUGCAUCAACCACGAAAACCUCAUUGGGAUACUGCCUUACGGAUCCUCAAAUAUGUCAAGGGUACUCCUGGUCAAGGUUUGUUAUUUCCUGCCUCUAACAAUCUUGCCUUGAAAGCUUUUUGUGAUUCAGAUUGGGGAGGUUGUCGUGCCACAAGGAGGUCAGUUACAGGAUAUUGUGUUUUUCUUGGAAAUGCCCUCAUCUCAUGGAAAUCCAAGAAACAAACUAAUGUUUCUAGAUCAUCAGCUGAAGCAGAAUAUCGAGCCAUGGCUAAUACUUGUUUGGAGCUGACUUGGUUGCGCUACAUAUUACAGGAUUUAAAGGUCCUACAGACAGUUCCUGUGCCAUUAUUUUGUGAUAAUCAGGCAGCUUUGUAUAUUGCAGCAAAUCCUGUUUUUCAUGAACGUACAAAGCACAUUGAAAUAGAUUGUCACAUAGUUCGAGAAAAAUUGCAAGCCGGAAUGAUUAGUCCUUCAUAUGUCCCUACACGCUUCCAGCUGGCAGAUGUGUUUACGAAGGCCUUGGGAAAGGAUCAAUUUGUGACACUACGAGACAAGUUGGGUCUUCAUGAUAUUCACUCUCCAACUUGA